GAGAGAGAGACUCCACUGAGGAGUGAGGAGAGAGAGAGGCUCUGCCGAGGUACAAGUAGAGUUUGGUAUGAAGUGCGAGAGGAGCGAACAGUUUUCUCUUCGGUAGAAAUGGCGACGGACCGUGAAAAGGAGAGAGAGGCAGAGCUGGAGAGUGCUAUGUACACGAAUUGCCUGCUACUCGGCCUGGAUCCGGCUAUCAUUGGCGUGGGCGGGGCAGGAGGGAGUCCCAGGGUCGGCCAUUUCCGGCAUUCCAACCCUAGAUUGGGGGAAAAGCUUCUAUACUUUCUUCUCUCGUCCUUAAGAGGGCCCGUCCAAUCUGCCAAGGAUUUCGAUAAGGUGUGGCCCAUUUACGAUUCUGCUCAGUCCCGAGAUUUUCGUAAGAUUGUGCAAGGUAUAAUAAGUGAGCUGGAGUCACAAGGGGCACUGCCAAGAAGCAACGCUAGGGUAUCAUCGCUCGCGACUUGUUGUGGGCCGAGAUUUGUUGAGCUCUUAUGGCAACUUUCUGUGCAUGCAUUGAGGGAGGUUCAUAGUCGCACAUUUGCUGCUGAUGUAGCUUCUAAUCCACUUCCUGCUUCACUAACGGAUGCAUCUUAUCUUCAUGCUGCAGCUUUACUUCCUGUAACCAAGGCAAGGAUUGCACUUGAGAGAAGAAAGUUCCUAAAAAAUGCAAGUAUUGCUGUACAUAGGCAAGCUGCUUGGUCCAACUUAGCUAAUGAAAUGACUGCAGAAUUUCGUGCUCUUUGUGCUGAAGAGGCAUAUUUGCAGCAAGAAUUAGAAAAACUGCAGGAUUUGAGAAAUAAAGCAAAGUUAGAUGGGGAAUUAUGGGAUGAUCACAUCUCCACUUCUAGUCAGAAUGCCCAUCUGGUUUCGAAAGCAACCCGCUUAUGGGAGUCCUUAUUAUCUCGAAAGAGUCAACACGAGGUGCUUGCUUCAGGUCCUAUUGAGGAUCUAAUAGCACAUCGUGAGCAUAGGUAUCGCAUCUCGGGGUCAUCUUUACUUGCAGCCAUGGAAUCAGGUUCUUAUGUUUCGUAUCCAGAUUUGCUCUCUGCUCAUGCUAGUGAACUGUCUUCAUCCACUGAUGCUUGUGAAAAAGUCGGUUAUUCUCAAAUUCCCGCAAAGACUGAUAUCUUAUCUAAGACUGAUGAUAGGGGUGUAAGAGUUCAUCAAAUCGUUGAUGUGGCUGAGGUUAUUAGACGUUGGACGCAUGCAUUACAGCGUAUCCAUAAGCAGUCACUUCAUCUGGCCAAAGCUAAUGAUGGAGAGGGCCCAGAGCUACUUCGCAGUACAUUUGAUGAUGGUACCGGUGGACAUGCUGAGUCCUUAGCAGCAACCCUUGCUGAACAUCGCCAACAUUUAGUUAGUAUACAGGGGCUCAUCAACCAACUUAAAGACGCAGUCCCAGUAAUGCAGAAGUCAAUAGCGGACCUGACUGAAGAAGUGAAUAGAAUUUCACCAAUUGCACUAGAUGAAUAUAAUGAGCGAUUAAGCUCGCCAACCCAGGCCCGAAGCAGUGGAAGGAUACAAGAAAAUACAGAUCAACUGGCUGAGAUGGCUUCCAAUCUCUCUCUUCAAUCUGGAAAGGUUUCUGGCAGCCCGCUUCUCAAACUUCCACAUUUGUUUAGUCUUACUCCAAAUUCAUCAGGAAAGAGUAUGCAUUCUGGAAAGCGGCAUGCCACAGCUGCUCCACCCGCAGCUAAGUCAGAAAAUAUUCUUGCAGUGAAGUCAGUAGGCCAACCUUUUGGAAAUGAUUGUGAAGAAGUUGCAGCAGAAGAUGGGGUUUUAUAUGCCCUAAAUAUCAGGCUUGCUGUUCGUGAAGCUGCAUUGUCUGGUCCAUCAAGUAAUUCUGAGGUUUCAGAUGAGAAAAGCAGUGAUGAGUCCGAGCAUUUCUUUGUUCCGCUUUCCACCAGCCUUCCUGGAAAGGAGGCUGAUGCUGUAAUUAGUCACAGAAAACAGCCGCCCUUCUCUCCUGAUAACGGGGAAUGCAUCGACCAAGUGUUCUCUCCUCCGUUUGUGAUGAAUGAUUCAUUCUUUGAGGAUUCCUAUGAAGACUUGCUUGCACCACUGUCAGAGACUGACGCUGCCUUAAUGGGAAGCCCAAGCUGGUUGGAGGGCAACUCAUCUAAUGCUUCAGGAUAGUACAAACUUAACAAGCAUUUGUUCUUUUAAAUAUAAUUUAAUUCACAUCAUGUAAAUUUUAUUUGUUAAUUUCAUUUGAAUCUUUUUCACCCCAGUGAGCAAAUUUAGUCUCAGAUCUUAAUUACGGCCUGGCAAAAAUUGAGCUGAUCUAUCUCCUUUGGUUUUGACUGUUUUUUGAGAGGUUUAAUGAGAGAUUAGUGAAUGUGCU